AUGGACUAUGCAGACCCGAUUGAAGGAAGAAUUUUAUUAGUCGUUCUGGAUAGUCAUUCUGGCUGGCUAGAGGCUAUCCCAGUAAAAUUUGCAGAAGUGACUGUUGUUAAUCCCCGACGCUUACGUGCCCGCUUCGGACUACCAACAUGCUUCGUAACUGACAACGACACCACAUUCACAGGUGCGGCCUUCCAAGAAUUUGUAAAGAGAAAUGGGAUUCGCCACAUACGAACAGCUCCUUAUCAUCCGAAGGCAAACGGACUUGCAGAACGGGUUGUUAGAAGCGUGAAAGAAGAAGCUCUUAAAAAGUUGACGGGCGGAUCACUGGAAAUCCGGCUCCAACGCUGGCUACAUAACCACAGAAGGACACCAUCAGCUGCCAAUAGGGCAAAGGCUCCUGUCGAAAUGUUAUUCAACUUCCUGCCACGUAGUCACCUGGAUAUCAUCAAUGACUAUGUGGUCAAAAACCUGAGUACGACCCAGCAAGACGUGGGCAGGUUUGAAACCUGGAGGGGCGCAAACAAUGCAAUCGACAGGGAUGGAUACCUGGUAUCAUGCUUGAAGGACUAG